AGAGUAUCUAUAAACAUAAAAUCAAAACCAACCAAAACUCUAUUUUACAAACAAACAAAAACAUGACUUCGAAAGGAUCUUUUGAAAAUAAUUAUGAAGAUUACAAAUCUGAAAUCGCUAGUAAUAUCCUCAAUGAAUCCAGAGACGGGGUAUCUGAAAAAUUCCAGCUAAAAUUACAAAACUUCAAAGCAGCUAAAAUGCACAUAUUGCUCACUCAAAUGGAAAAAGAUAUAUUUUAUGAUGGAACAGUGUAUACAGGGUCUGCUGGUUUGGCUUUAUAUUAUUUUACUAGUGCGUGGGUAAAAAGUGAAGUAAAUUUGGAUGUGUUAAAGACAUCCCUAGAUUAUAUCAACAUAGACACUCUUAAAGGACGCCGAAUUAGCUUUUUAUGUGGAGAUGCUGGACCUCUGGCAUUAGCAACUGUUAUAUCAUAUAAAAUGGGUACCAAGCGCCCAGAAUGCUUGCCAGAUUACAAAACUAUUGCAAAUAGAUUAAUGUCGCUCAUAUCACUCAUAAAUGAUUCUCCUGAUGAACUUCUGUAUGGAAAAGCGGGCUAUCUCUAUGCCUUGCUCUUUGUCAAUAAAUAUAUUAAUGGAAAAGACACAAUUCCUUCAAGUCACAUUGAACAGGUAUUUACAAUAACUGAUUGAUGAGACUACAUUUUGUUGGAACCUAUCCAGUGUUGGGCUGAUGAUUACUCGAAUAUUAAUCAAAGUAAUUUUUAAGUU